AUGGCGAUCCUGUCGAAGGAGUUUGGGAGGCACUACGAGCUGAACAGGAAGAUGAGGAGCGGAGCGAGAUGCGCAAUGAUGGAGGCAACGCACAGGGGAUGCGGCGACAAGUAUGCCGUAAAGGUGAUCAAGAAGGAGGGGAGGUCGCUAAAUUCGGAGAUAAGGAGUUUGAUGCGACUGUCUCACGCAAACUGCGUCCAGCUGCACGAGGUGUACGAGGAGCACAAGGAUCUUUAUCUUGUGAUGGACCUCGUGGAAGGAGCAACGCUGGCGGAUGAGAUCUCUUAUCAGGCAGCAUUCUCGGAGGCAAGGAUUGCAGGUAUCAUGUCACAAAUCCUGGACGCGCUCAACCACAUGCACGAGAAUGGGAUCGUUCACGGAAAUCUAGUGGAGGAGCACGUCAUCGUCUCUUGCGAUGACACAGUCAAGAUCGUAGGGUUCGGGAGCUCCUACCUG